AUGGGUAUUGCGGCUGGAAAAGGUGAUGGCUCCGCAAAGAAAGCGAAAGCUAAACCAGUGAAGAAGGGAAAAAUUAACACCGAUGGAACAGUAACAUUGGAUGAACUCAAAGCACAUUCGAAUCGAUUCAAGUUGGGUUUCACCGACGAACAAGUUGAAAAUAUGUUCAAAUAUUGUGAUAAGGAAAAUACUGGACGUUUGUCAUUAGAUGAAGUCAGUUGGCUGCUGUUCUUGGCUGAUUCCGAUGCGCACAAAGCAGGCGUUCGUAUCCGUAUAGUUAUCCCAUCAGCCAAUUCUGUCAAUAAACCUGUGAACUCGUCCGAGUUCAACACUCGUCUCGCUUCACUUCAAAAUCUCCUAUGCGAAACGUUCGGCGGUUGUACUGUGUAUCCCGCCCGGCAAAGCUCGUAUCUAGCACAUAAUGAUGAAUUAGUUCAGGUAGCAACCACGUCCGUCGAAACGUUUUCUACUAAAAAGAAAUGGUCGGAAAACGAGCAAACGAUUCGAGAUACAAUUAAAAACAAAUGCACUGAAUGGGGACAAGAAUGUGUUGCAUUGGAAGUCAACGGUGUUUUGGAAUAUAUCACUCCAAGUACCAGCAAUACAUCAGAUGAAAUCCAAACUGCUGAAAGUCUCCUUCGACAAUUAGCGGUGCGAAUUCAAAUGGCAGCAAAUGUUAAUGAUUCCUAG